CCUGGAAUCAGAUUUCGAAGGAGUUUAAUGCCAGCUACGAGAACUUGCCGCUGAGUGCCCCCUUCUCGGCAGACGAGCUGCAGUGGCGUUGGAACUUGCUGCUACCGACCAUGGGCACCCUUUCGAAGGCGAAGGGACAAAUUCCCUUUCAACUGUGGUCCCUUGUGACGGAGAUCGAACGCUCGCUAAGUACAGAAAAUUUGGAACCACCCAGGGACUUGAUUAUGGCCCAGAACUUUCUACUCACUCAGCUGCCAUUGGUGGAGGCCAUGACGCUCAAUGAGCGUCGGCGACUGGAAGUCGUGUUCCUCGAUAUCUUAUUCUAACACGAAAUGGAGACACAUGCGUCCGUACCACUGGGUCCCGAAGAGCAGGCCACAGUCAAGACCGAAUACGAUGAAUUCCUCAGAUCUGUUCGGGUCAAGGAGCUGCCCAUAUCGGCUCUGGCACAACUCUCGCUUGAUGGUCCUCAGUACAAACCAGUCCAACCAAAAAUCGCACACACUUUUGCCAUCCCAGGUCCCCGUCCCAAAACCAAUCUGGUCAUUAGCAGUGUGUCUGGUGGCCAGGAUCUCAUUAAUGUCCCGACGGCGACUGUUUUCAUACCGAUUCAAGCUUUCACGAGCAAUGUGGUUGGACCCAUUAAUCCCGCGCCGGACGUUUCGACACCGCUUGAUAUCAAUGUGAUUGGUGCCAAGAAGGAACCCGUUGAGUGCCCGCCGUCUGUUUCACCACCGCUGGACAUUAAGACAGAGGUGGAGGUGGCCCUUGCGGCCAUUGAGCUUGCCAUUGAGAUGGAAAAUGUACGGGAAAAUAACCCAGAAGAGGCACAAGAGAAAUCACCGGAGAAAAACCGCACUCCCGUGGAGAAGCCCGAUGAUGCCACUCUAAAUCCUAAUCCGCGGUAUAUACCGAUCAAGAGCGCCAAGUACUACACAAAGAAGCUACUCGUUCGGGUGAAGCGCAUUGAUCAGGACGAGUAUUUGGUUUUCAUAUUUCGUUUGCUUCGCAUGCUCGAUAAACUAGUAACUAAACAAACAAAUAUGCGGGAGCGGGAGUAGGAGCUGGAGCUGAACUGGAGGCUGCAGGCGGGAUAACGAGGACGUAGUGGCGGACAAGGCCUCUGUUGGGCGUCACAUUGUUGUCAGUUUUGGUAUCUGGAUCAAGAUUCGUAUCCGGAGUUGGGGAUGCUCCAAUGCCGACAACAGAGGGUAUCGCCUUCGGCGAAUCCUCUUGCGCGUAGCCCACACGCAACGAAUGGUGCCCUGGAUCGAAAACUAGGGCUCCAAUUUCGUCGCCGCCAUAUAGCAUGUUGCCUCCAUUCAUCUUGGAGCGUCGGGACUACUUUUCAGCUUGAUUUCUUGCAAAAGUUCUCGAAA